AUAGUUAGUCGAAAUUUGACAACUUCCCGACUGGAAAUCCCUUUCCCAACGUUUCUGUUGGACACAGAAUUUACCAAUUCCUGGUCAGUAUUUAGCUACCGUUAUAGAACACUUCCAUGGUCAAACGACAAGUGAUAAGGACUUGUUUGUAACAGGAAGGGAGAACAUGACGCAGGCCUCUGAAUCUCUAAUCAGGCAAGGGACCAGACCAGCAUUCAAACCCAGGCUUCCUGAAUAUCCAAUCAGGUGCUCUACCAACUGAGCUCUCUGGCCACCGGUGAUCUAACCCAUCUGAUCGCUACAGUACUAUAUAUGUACAUGAUAUGCUGAGAAACUGUUUAUGAUAAUCAUGUCAAGACGAAACAAACACAGACAUAUUGAUGCAGAAAGAACUGUUGCCGAGGCCAUGAAACAGGUGGAACGGGCAAUGAAGCAUGUUAAAGUGGCCACCCGAGGGAUGGAUGACAUAGAUUUAGGGGACAGUCCGGGGGCUGGGAUUACUCACGAAGAUGAUGACACUGAAGGAGCAGAGACAAAGAUAAAUAAGGAUGGCUCCAUCAAAAUUGAUAAAAAAGUCUUUGGAAAAAAAACUUCUAUACAUAUACAUAACUCAAAGAAUGUUCAGGUGGGGAAUAACAACGUAAUGGUUAUCAACCAGACAGCCAACCCUCGAAGGAGAAGACAGCAGGUUGAUUCCAGUUCAGAGUCAUCUGAUUCAGAGGAAGAUGUACCAGCAAAGGCAGCAGCUAAACCUAUCACUGAUAUCUGUCAGCAGAUACUAAGUUCCAACAGACCGGCAGAUGACCAGGACAUUAGGAGAGCCACCACUAUGAUUGGCAAAAAAUGGCGGAGAGUAGGUCGAAGCCUCAAUGUGAGUGAUGCAGACCUGGAACAGAUCUACAUUCAGCACUUUCGGGAGGACGGAAUCAGGGGUGUGGUACAUCAAGUGUUUACAAAAUGGAAACAAAUUAACGGCAAGAAAGCUACUGUGGGAGCUCUGACGACAGCAUUGUCAAAGGUCACGGACCACAAGGAGAUUCAAGUGAACUUUGAACCUUGACGAAGGUUAUACAGUUAUAAUGUUUUGUUUGUGCCUUUCUGACCAUGAUGAUUGGAUGACAGUGGUGAUGCAUAUGUCAUCAUUAUUCUCAACGUUUCUGAAGUGCCCUCAUGAAGUACUUCAAGAAUUCUCCACCUAGCCACUGUUAUUUCAGGUUACUGCACAGAGAAAAGGAGGGCCACUUUUACUGGAAUCGUUUGGAAUCAUUUGAAAAAAUGUUACAAAAUAAAAAUGACAUCAUGAUUAGAGGUGUGUGUGAAGAAGUCCCACGGAGCUGAAGCAACAAUUUACAAAUACAAAUAUCAGAUAGAAAUCACAGUGUGAGAUAGUUCCCAUACUGUCGUAGGUAAAAACACAAAACUUUUGAAUUCUUAUCCAAAUGUACUCACAGCAACUGUUACACACAGAAUGAUUAUAAUAUGACUAGAUGGACUUGUGUUAUUCACUGAACAGAAAUUUGAAAAUAAAUAACUUAAUCACAAUAUGUCAGAUUCGUGAAUGAAUUUGUAGACAGCAGAACAUAUAAUACAGUGUAUUUCGUAUGACAGCUUUAACUGCCACAAAGUAACAAGUAUACUAAGUACAGCUGCCACAAAGCAACAAGUAUACUCAGUACAGCUGCCACAAAGUAACAAGUUUACUAUUAGUAGAAUGAAUAGAAGGCGCCUUUAAUCUUAAUCAUUCUAUAGAAAGUUGUUUCUGCAGGGAUUUUUUUAGGGUCAGUAGGGGACCGAAAUUAGGCCCCAUUCCCAAUGCUAAAACGCAGGUAUUUUCCCCAAUUAUUGCUUUGAAAUUCCCAAACAAUGAAAAUAAAUCAAGCAGGGUAGCCUAACCAUUCAUAAAUCUUCUUCACAGGCCCACAGAGUACAAUUUUUGCUUCAAACCUAAUUUUUUGGCCUCUGCUUAUUUGAAUGAGGUAAGCUUUGACCAAAUUGAAAGUCAGAAGGAGCCCAAUUAUACCUUAAAGCACUCUGGAUUGGUUUUUUUCCUAUUUCUUUGUAUGAAACAUUUUUCCCAAAUAUCAAGCAAAUGUCGCUAUUUUUUUCUUAUUGGAAAGGCCCAGGCCCUUGAAAUUAAGACCUUAAAAAAACCUGGAUUCUGACAGAUGAAUAUUUUUUUGCAAAGAAAAAAAAAUGGUAUGAAUCUUCAAGUUUCCUUAUCAUGGUUAUGAACAUUUGAGAGUGUCAAUAACAUUAUGUCUGUUUUGCAUGGAUGGUAUUUAUUGCAUGCUUACCUAUGAAAAGUGUCAUAACAUGACUUUUACCACCAAUUAACUCUCUGCAAAGUUUACUACAUAUUUAUGGCUUUUUGUGAUUGUGUGUUUCUUGACAUUUUAGAACAUGUGUCUUCUACAUUUGAUAAUUUUUAUUGAUGGAGAUGAUUUGUAUAAUCAUUUUGUUGCUAUGGAGAUGAUUUGUAUAAUUAUUUUGUUGCUAAGGAGAUGGUUUGUAUAAUCAUUUCGAUGCUAUGCAGAAGUUGUUGAUGGCAAUUUAGACAAUACUUUUGAUAUAUGUAUUAUAAACACUAUGUAUUGUAGAUUAUAUUUAUAUACUUUAUUUAUAUUAUCAAACAACUGACCCAUUUGUUGCAAUUGGAUAAUUUGAUCUGCUUAAUGUAGAAUUUAAAGUUACGUGAAGUCAU